AUGAACAUCCCAGAACCAGAAUAUGACCUGAAUCGCUAUCGUCCAGUUACCGGUGCCUCCGGUAGCUGCUUGGGUGCUGACAAGGUUGCCAACUACAACACCGCUGCUGCUCAGCUUAAUCAGUGUUCUUUCCUAGCUCCGUCAGCUCCGUCGUAUGGGUGGAUUGAACCUUUACCUGCUAAGAACCCAAUGGGCGUGUUUCUCAUGAGCACGGAGGGGGUCCAAGCGUUGGUUGCAAAAGAUUCCUUGCGUUCAUGUGUGGAUUUUGUAGAAAUGUGUGAAGAGAAGUUGGGAAUCGCAGGGUGCUACAUCUUGAUCCCGAAGAGAACCGUUGGAGCCCAGCAGAUGAUCAAGUUUUUGGGCCAGUGUCUUGAUGUAAGCUUUGCUGAAGCUAAAGGCGUUGAGCUGUUGAGAGGCUACGAUACCCUAGACUGGUUUGUCUGCAAGUGUGAAUUAUGA